AUGAAAUCAUCUGCGUGUUAUCCAGCUGUGUUCGCUGUUGAUCAUAGCAAAGCUCCCCGAAUCAUUGUCACGGCAGUGAAAUCGAUUAUCGUUGUAGCGAAAGGAUCGAAUGCGGUUCUUCGAGUGACUGUUUCACAAGCUUCACCUGAUAUUCCCAAUAAUGCUGCUAACAGAACAUGGUUUGGUCCUCUAACGGCAGUCAAAGCAAACGACAAAUUUCUGAUAUCGUCAGACCGCUACAAUCUAAUAAUCACAAACGUUGCCGAAAAAGACGCCGGAAUUUACACUUUUGUUGCUGCUAAUGUGGUCUUAACCAAAUCGGUUACAAUUCGUCUGAUGUUGAAAGGGCUACGGCUUACUGUUAAUGCAAUGCAAUCGACAGUUACCGCGUUGAAAGGAUAUAAUGCCAUUUUGAACGUGAUAGUAUCAAAAGUAUCACCUCACGUUCCUAACGAUCCUGUUAACAGAACGUGGGUUGGCCCAGCAGGCUUGAUUACAGAAAGCAGCAAAUUCUUCUUUUCGUCAGAUCGUUAUACACUUAUAAUUACAGAAAUUGACCAAAGCGACGUUGGAAAUUACAAUUUUACAGCUACAAAUGUCUUCGAAAGCAAAACAGCUACAAUUAGUCUUCUAAUAGCUGCUCGUCCUACUUUAACAGCUCUAAAGUCAAUUGUUGUUGUAACGCAAGGUUCUAAUGUUGUUCUUCAAGUGACAGUCGUAAAUGCGUCACCUGAUGUACCCAAUAAUGCUCUCAACAGAACAUGGUAUGGCCCUUCAGGGAUAAUUACACCAACCAGCAAGUACAGCUUCUCUUCAGAUCGUUAUAACUUAACAAUUACGACUGUUGACUCCACUGAUGUUGGAAUGUACACUUUUACAGCUGCCAAUGCUGUAGGAAGUGACACGCUAGGUUUUGAUUAUGGCAAUUUGUGUUUAAUUUGGACAGCUAAAGAAACAGACACAAGCAAUAGUGUCAUUGGAGUAUUAGCCGGAACAUUAGGAGUUUCGUUUUCCCUUUUUCUUUUACUCUUCUUCUGUAUGAGAAAACGGCGUAUGAAUGUACGACAGAGGCGCUCAGAAGUAGAAAUGCCAUCUCCCCCAAAAUCGUUAUCUGCAACUGAUACCACUUCACUACGGCUAAAACAACUGUCUGAAACCCAAGAGAAAUCAACUUUGGCUUCCAGCAGAAUUAAAGAAUCCCUUCGCAGUGAAGAUAUUUUGCAGCCAGAACCCGUAUAUGCUGCCAUACAAGAAGCUAACGAGAUAUUAGAAUCUGAAAAAGAAACGCUGACAGCAAAUGCAGCUUACUCCCAAACAAAACCUGCUCAAGAACAGCAAACAGAAGUAAACAAAACAGGUGUGACGUACGAAGAAUUUGCAUUCUGACUUGAAAUCGCGUUUGUGCAUCUUUCUGACUUAGGCUAUUACGUGAACGUGGUGAUUUAAACGUUUCAAAGAGAUUCGAUAGAUGGUUUGUUUCUCAAAAACAGACUGAGUCUUAACCGAAACGUUAUACAAGUAAAUUGUGAAAGGAAAGACUGGCAACGAAACAGCCUAAACCAAGUCUUUAAUGACACAAAGCAAAUAGACAUACUUUUGCUUUUAUGUCAGGUUUCGUCUUUGAGGUAAAAAUUGACUGCCAUUAACAUCUGU